GUAGGAGACCAUCGCGAUGGAAUUCUCUGGGCAAAAGAUGAUGCGUUCGCUCAAGUGAUGGGCAAAGAACAUUCUGGACGUGUCCGUGGGGUCGGUUUUGGACCAACCCCAUCAGGAAGAAGUGGGUCCAACCUUCCAUGUGUGCCUGGGCCGUCGUCCACUGAAACAGCCCAACGAAUGACUGCAUUGGAAAAUUCGAUGAGGGACCAACUUGCUGACUCAGAGCAAAGGCAUCAGCAGCAACUGGCCGAAGCACUGGCCGAAGCAAAGCGGGAGUCAGAUGCACGGCAUAAGCAGCAACUAGCCGAAGCACUGGCCGAAGCAAAGCGGGAGUCAGAUGCACGGCAUGAGCAGCAACUGGCCGAAGCAAUGCGCGAAUCAGAAAGACGGCAUCAGCAGCAGCUGGACGAAACAAAGCGGGAAAUGGGUGAGGCAAAGCGGAGAAUGGAUGAAAUGGUAGCCUUCUUACAAAAGAAUGUCAUCUCAAGUUUACACGGUUAUUCAGGUAAUAGCGCUACAUCAUAGUGAGGACUCUUCGUGGACUCUUGUAAUGUAUAAUUGUUUGGAUAUUCGGAAUAUUGUAACUUCGUGGAUAUUGAAAAUAUUGUAAACAUGAUUGUAAUAUUGUGUCAAAUAUUGUAACUUCGUGGA